GCACGGAGACACGUUUCUUUCUCCUUUUUUUUUUUUUUAAAGGAGACACUUUGGUGAUUACAGCAGCGGCGAACCAUAAAGGGGAAAAAGGCGUUAUUGUUGAUGCUAUUGACGACCACCGUCGACCGCUGCCGAGAGAAGACUGACAGUUGGUUACAUCCAGUACAAGGCUCAGCUGUGGAUGCAUUUGACACAGACCAACCGGAGAAGGUCUCUGUCGGCAGCAUGGGCCAGCAUCUAGGAAAGAACGAGUCACCCAUGGACAGCAAGGCUUCGUCACCUGAACCCGAAGCAGUGCAGACAGCAGCAGCGGCGGCGGCAGAACCUGAAUCACAAGAUGAAGUCUUUGGCCUGGGUGAUGCAGAUGCGAACCAGAACAAUGGCUGCGUCUCGGAGAAGCCGGCGGUGACUGACUCCACGGGCGCUGAGGGCCCCCGCCAGCCCUGGAUCCCCGCCAGCACAGCUGACCCUGACGCUGCCACACCACGCCCCCACCUGGCCCGCCUCUUCUCCCGAGAUGCCCCGGGCAGAGAGGACAACACCUUCAAAGACCGACCCUCCGAAUCGGACGAGCUGCAGACCAUCCGGGAGCACAGCGGAGCGGCUUCAGAGUGCGGGUCGGAGAGCCCCGAACAGGACUUAGAAUAGGAGCUUUUUUUCCCUCCCUCUCCUCUCUUUUCUCUUUUCCCUCAUCUGUCCUUCAAUCUCUCAUUUAAGAGAGAGACAAGAAUCCCACAUUUGACAAAUACAAAUAUACUACCAACUACUACAACCGCCAUGGCAUCUGCAAGCAGCUCUGCACAGGCUGCCUUUGGGCUGGGCCGCAGGAAGAAGAACCCGGGCCUCCUGGAUCAAAUCGGAAAGUUCUUUGGAGGGGACAAGAAGAGGAAGAGCAAGGGAUCUUUCCGAGGUGCUCUCUCUCCAGCCCCUCAGAAAGCUUCUGCAACUUCCCCACGUAAGCGUGGAGCAGAGAACGCUGUGGUCCAUUUCUUCCGCACGAUCGUGUCCCCUGCCCCUCCUAAGUCCAGGGGCGACCAGAAGUCACAGUCUGCUAAAGCCAAGAAGGCCAGUGGGGACGGCAAAGGCACCCUGACUAGGAUCUUCAAAAUGGGAAGCAGGAGCGCUUCUCCAGCCAAACGCUGAAGUCCCUCUCUACAACCCCUUCCAACAGCACGAGGGCAGAUGUUCAAGAACACGGGACUAAAGUGGGAAAACAAAAAAGAGGAAGGAGGAAAUCUUGUCACCCCCCCUGUACACUCACCUUCCCCACCUCCUCUGAUAACACUCUAAUGUUCGCUAAAUCCCUCAUCUCUCCUAUUACCGUCCCACCCCUUUGGCUGGUAGAUAGCGACACAAUCUGUUGCCCCCACCCCCCACCCCACCUUGCAUGCGUUGUGCUGAGUCUGUGCAGUCAUCAUCUCUGGUGUGAACUCUUUGCUGAAGUUGAUCCUGAAGCCGCUCACAUGUGCAGCCUGAAUGACCCCCUGACCCCUGCCGUGGCUCUCUCUCGCUCUCUCUCUGUAUUCUUGUGCUUGAGUUUCUGUGGACUGUCUCACAUGGUUUCUCUAACAGAAGGUGGCUGAACUGAAACACACCCGGAGAGGUCGAAAGUUAAGGCCGGUGCGAGUCCGACUGACUUGACCGUCAUUGCCACAAUGCUGAUUGGAUGAAAAGACCGGGUUGUUUCUGUUGUAAAGAGUGAUUUUCUGUCUUGUCACACCGUGUUCGUCAUUCCCUCAAACUGUUCACCCAAACGUAAACCUGUGUUCGCGUUUUGUUUCGUAAUAGAUUUAACACAUUUUACAUUAUUAUGAGAGCCAUCUUGGUCUUGUGUGUUUUCAUUCAACCCCUGUGUCUUAGCUGUAGUUAAGUGUCCUGUCAUGAAUGUGAUAUUGUUCUGUUUGUCAUUAAGGCUGGCUUGUGGAUUUUGUGGAAAAAGUUAAAUUUCUAAACUUUCUAAAUCAAUUUUUCUGCCAUAGUCACUGAAAAAAGGAGAUAAAUUAGUCAUUUCUAAUGUAUCUUUUCUUUUUCAGUCCAUGAGAUAAUGGUAUAAACUAAUUUUCCUUUCCACAUAUAUAACUAAAUUAUGAUGUAGUGCACUAUUUUCCACUUUUAAAACUUUCAGACUCUGAAUCGGAAACCCGAUGCCAGAUUCAGACCUUUCAUCUAUGCUUUUUAGUGUAGUCUUUUUUUUGUCUUCACCGUUUCUCUUAUGCACAGCACACAUUCUGCAAAUGAAAUUCACAAUAAACCCCCUUGCUCAACAACAAGUGCCUUUUCCUCCUGACUACCAAAAAAACAAAUGUGCUGUGUUUCCUUUUUGUGGAUUAUAAAAAAUAAAAUAAAAAAACACCAACACAAACACAAUUUCAAAAAGGUGCUCUGUAACUAACUCUGUAUUGACACAUUAUAAAGUGUUACUUGAGAAUGUGCAAGUUGAAAGUUCUCUGACACAAGUUCAGUCGAAGAAAAGCUCAGCACUACCAUUUGUGCUGUUCCAAACAUCCAUUUUUCAAAAAGCGGGCAUGUGUGAUGUGUAGCGUCCACCUCUCCAACUGUUUGUGUGUGCUUGAGCCUAGUGAGUGCUGUGUAGUGUUUUUUUUUUUUCCUGAAUGGAUCCUGUGAAUGAAUGUAAAGAUCCUCCUCAUUAUUGUAUGUGUAAUAAAACAUGACCAGCCACUUAACUGAAAAAUAAAAAUUAUAAAACCAACUCUA